AUGCAAUUCUUUCGAACGUUUUUUAGUAGUAGCACGAGUCAGCCGAGAGAACAGGGCUUAUUAUUGGGAGGAGGUGUUGGUGAUGAUGCUGAUGAGGAAGAGCCACUGAUCGAAACUUUGGGUUCGGAAGUGAUAUCGAAAGUGAUUUUUACCUAUUUGCAUAAUAGAGAGGUGAUAAAGUGUGCUUUGGUAUCGAGGAAAUGGUACAGAUAUGUACAGGAAAGUAAUGUUCAGAUUAAUAUUGUGUUUGAUUGCAUGAAAAAGUAUGAAAGAUGGAGGAAAUUAGCUGAGAAGGGAGGUUUGAAAUUAAUUUCUCAUCUCGGAACGAAAAUUAAAUUUAAAAAAGUGGAAAAUGAUGAUGAAAUCAAACGGUUGAUAAUACAUAGUAAUUUGAGAGGAUUUAAAUUUGAUAAUGAAUCUAAAAUCAAGUUUGAUAAUAAUUGUUUGAAAGAAUUAGGUAAUUUGAAAGAGUUGACAAAGAUUAGUUUGCGAAAUGUAAAAUUGACACUUGCUGAUUAUCAGUUAUUUGGCAGCAUGAAGUUGAAAUGUGUGGAAAUUAUGGACAGCUGUGUUUGUGAGCUUGGAAUACAAAAUAUUUGUAAUAUAACUGCAUUGAAAGAUCUGAAACUAAGAAAAUUGAAAGCAAGGGUAAAUACUGACGAGGCUUUCAAAUAUCUACCAAAAUUAACUACCUUGACAACACUUGAUCUGAGUUUUACUCCUGUUGGUGAUGCCAUUUCAUUCAUUUCGAAUCUGAAAGAAUUGAGACAACUCAAUCUUUCACUAACAGUAAUCAGCCAGAUACCUCUCACAAAAUUAAGAAAAUUGGAAAAAUUGAACAUUUCCGAUAACCCAUGUAUUACUUCUAUUGAUCUUUCUAAUCUGGUAAGAUUGAGAAAGUUGGACAUAUCGAGCACAAUGAUCAGCAAGCUUACUGGUCUGAAUGAUUUGAAAGAACUGCGAAAGUUGAAAUUAUCCAAUAAUAUUGAACUAUUUAACUCAUUAGAAUUUUUGGAAUUCAUGCCAUCAAUCAAUUUACCCAAACUAAAGCACUUGGAUAUGUCCAAGAACAGACUUGAAUCUUGUAAAUUAAUGCCACUCACCAAAGCUAACCUCCCCGAGUUGACAACUUUCCGAUUUGGAGGAAAUAAGGUGGAUGAAACAACUGCUCUAUUGCUUUGUAAAUGCUUCCCUAAACUCAAAAUAGAGGAACAAAGAUUUAAUCGACGAUUGAGCAUUGAUAAAGUAGAGCACAUGUAUGGUCAAUGCUGCAAAACCAUACCAGAUUUGUAAAUUUUCCAUUUUGAAUGAUUAUCAUUGUAAAACAUUCAAUUAAACCAAACUUU